AUGUCUCUGUGGUUCCGUCCUGCUUCUCUCCUGCCUCGCUUCGUCGAAGAAGCCAUGCGAGACUUCCGUUACAUGGAUUCGAUGAUGUUCGGUCCGCUUCAUCGUUUCGGGUUUCCAUGGGAAACGGCAGAGGAGUCUGCUAAGGAGAUCAUUAACAAUGAUUCCAAGUUCGCCGUAUGCAUUGAUGUAUCAAAGUUCAAGCCGGAGAACCUCAAAGUAAAUAUCGAUGGCCGUCAGUUAACGAUUGAGGGAAAGCAAGAAGUACAGGAAGAUAACGGUUAUUCUAUGAGGUCCUUUGUUCGACGUGUGAUUCUACCGGAUAACGUCAAUCUGGAUGCUGUUCGCUCAUCUCUUUCCGACAGUGGCCAUCUUUCCAUUGAAGCGCCGAAGUUAGCGAGGGCAGUGGAUUCUGGAAGAACUAUUCCAAUUGAACGAACCGAGACAGCGAAACCAGUCACCGAAGCUGAGAAAUCAGGCACUGAGUCUCAGAAACCCUUCUCAGUAAAGGUGGGUGAGAAACCCCUCAACGAGACUGAGAAGCAGUGA